AUUGGAGUGUAUAUACUUUUGGCAAAUGGUGGCUUGUGUAUGUUUGUGCGCGCGAAAUGUCUGAAUGUCGUAUUUGUGCCUCCACGGAUGCUAUAUUUUUGAAUAUAUUUCAGAAAAAUGAUAAAAGGAAAUAUGAUGCAGAAAUAAAUACCUGCCUCCCUAUCAAGGUCACCAACGACGACGUUAUCUCCUUAAAGAUAUGUCACGUGUGUGUGCACAAACUGGAGCUGUGCAACACGUUCGUUUGCCGUUUCCUCGCGACAGAGCCGCAGCGGCAGAUGGGCUCCGGGCAGAACGUUUGCUACUUGUGUCUCGGGAACGACGGUGUUCUCAGCAACCUUUUUGACGGCAACUGGAUCCAUCAGAUUGAAACGGCUCUGGGCUGUAAAGUUCACAGAGGCAAGAAAGUGCCUAGCAAGAUAUGUCAUCAUUGUGCCUACAAGCUGGGCGAGUUGUUCAACCUUUUCCAGUCAGCGUUAGACUCCGAAUCCAAACUUUACAUGAUGUGCGAGAAAAGUGUUGUGAAAAUCAACCAGCAACCUAAGCUAACUAAGAGUCCUGGAAGUCCAAACAAGAAAUCACUUUCAAUUGACAUCACCAGUAUGACUGGUAAAGCCAUAGUUCGAGUGUCUGCCCGCAAAUUUAAGCCCACUGAAGUAAGCAGUGUUGUUCCUGCAGGUGUUGGAGCGAACUUGAAUGCAAAAGCACUGAAAGUGACUGUCAGCAAACUACCAGAUAUAAGUGUUCAAGAUCAGCCCCACCGACAACUAGGUAGCAACGACAUCGCUGCAACCGGAAACAUGAUGAUGAGUAGAGACAAGCUGACAGAAAUUUCACAUCAGAUUUUAGAAAGUAGGACAUCAAAAAAGGUUUCUGCUGUACCAAAAAUGCCAGAAAGUAAGCAGAAAACCACUAAUAAAGGUAAUAAAGUAAUGUUGAAACCUGUGGAUAACAUUAAUGUAGCCUGCUGGAAAUGUUUUAGGGACAUAAAGGAUAAUGAAAAAUGUUCUUGUUCAACAGAUGUCGACAGCAACGUGAAAUUGAAGAAAGGAGAAACAACCAGUGAAAAGAUGGCUGAUGGACGUAGUAAGAGAAAAAAAGAAAAUGAAGAAUCGGACAGUAACAAUUCGAAGAAAGUGCGUAGUGAUGCUAAGAAGCCAGCGGUGAAGAGGAGAGACAGUAUCUCCCUUGUCGGCCACGUCUACGAUAUUAGGAGAACGAAAAGGAAACGGACAAUUACAGAUUACAACCAGUUUCUGAAUGAUGGAUUGCUGCUGUCUCCCAGAGGUGAUAGAGGAAAGAAAGAUGUUAAACCAGUUCAGAAAGCAAUGCUACCGAAGGAAGCUACCAAAACUGCCAGCCCAAGGAAGCAGUCGCCGACAGCAGUUCCUUCCAGAAGAGGUUCACAGAAAUUCACUGAUGGAAAACUCGAAGACCAAGAAAAUUUACCACGAAAACGUUCACCUCAGAAAGUAAUAUCUUUAGAAAGUAGUGAACUGAAAGAUGCUGAUGAACAGGUAGCGAAGAGUAAAAGUACAUCUCCAAAAUCUGAGAAGAAUUCCAAGUCGCCUCGAAAGAGAAAAGUUCAGGAGGAGGAUGUAGGAGGGGAUACGGCUGAUGAGCCAGCGCCGACAGAAACCCUCAACAAGUACGAGUGUUCGGUUUGUGGUGAGCAGUACUCGUCCACGGUGGAAGGCAAGGGCCACGAACUCGCCCACACCGCUCGAUCACUCCAGUUGAUCAUGUACAGGUGGGGAGCAGAUAGCCGGUCAAGCCACCAAAACUCUCCAUCGAAAGGGUCCAAGAAAAGUAACGCUAAGACAGAAAAUGUAAAAAACAACGGCAAACCCAACACAGAAACUGAAGUCGUCACAAAAGAAAUAUCAAAAGUGCUGCAGGAUGUUGUCUCUUUGGUGUCUGAAAGUUCUCCGUCCAAGCAGCAGAACGUAAAUGGUAGCACAGUAACCAGAACUCGGAGGGGCAGGAUAGUUGUGAGCAAACUGCAGAUUGCCAAACCCAGAGGGCGCAGGGCCAACGCAAAGGCAGAUGCUCUGAAACGUGAGGAAACAGUCCGCAGCAUCAUAAGUGAUUUUGAAUCUCUGGAAGAGGGGGAAGAAGACGAAAAAGAAACCAGUCCUUCCACAGUCGAGAAUUCUGAUGCGCCGGGUGCAGAUAGGGGCGCAAAGGAAAAGGUGUCGGAGCAAGGCCCCGAACAAAGUCGUGUUGGACCGGAAACUGUUAAGAAUGGCUUCGCUGACAAAGAAGUGGACCGUCGUGCAGAAGACCUCGCCCCGGAGAGUCGAGAUGGUGAACGUGAUGAAGGUGAUCCCGGUCCUCGAGAGACAGCAGCCCAGCUCACCGAGGAGGCGGGAGAGGGAUCCGGUGAGAGCAGUGUUCCAAGUGGUGAGGCGCCAGGCACGGGGGAUCGAGGUGGCUCGACAGGCGAUGAGUUGAUCUCCGGUGCGAACGAAGACACGGAUGCCGGUAGCAGGGAUAAGGACGGUGGCAAGGGACCGGAUGAGGCUCCAACUGAAGCCGACGAGGUGCGUCCUCGCGCGCGCGUUGAAGAUGUCAUCGACGUUGAGGAGAAAUCGGGCAGGUCGUCUGGCGGCAGCAGUGUGAUACUGGAAGAAACUCAACCGAGUGUCGGGCUCGGCGAAUCUGGCUACGACUUGCACACCAGUCUUGAGAAGGAGAUUUACGAACUUCACGGUGUUGAAAAUUUAGAUUUCACUCCACCUAAAAGCAGUGGCUUAGAACCUCUAACGAGCUCUGAGGCAAGUGCAAGUACUAAAGUUUCACCAGUGAACAACGAUACUGAUUUAAUACAUAUAUUAGAGUGAGAUAUUUAUGUUAGUUUUUAUCACUGCAGAUUGUAUAUAUAUCAUAGGCUGUCUCUAGGCAGUAUAUUUGGAUGACUGUGGCUGAAAGUUUAAUAGUAGGGUAGAUACUUAAUUUUCAAGCACUUUGUGUUUCUAUUUGCAAGAAGCCUACAGUUGGUUGUAUGUAUUUCAAAAUUGUCCAUCAAUCUUCUAACAGAAUUAUUUGACUUAACUUUGCAUUCAUUUAACAGUUUGUAGUUGGUUGCAUUUGAAUGCUCAAUGUUGUUUGAGCAUAUCGCUGAAAUUAUCAUUGUCUAAGAAACUAAAGUAAAAAUAUUAUUAACAACAAUCUAGGGAUGGUCCUGUUUCAUGUUUGAAAAAUCUAUCUUUGUUUGUGUGUAGUAUGUAUUUUUUUUUAAUAUACAUAUAUAUUUUUUAUGUUUUCAAAUUGUAGCCCCGUAUUGGUUUUGUGGUUGUAAUUUCCCUUAACUUUUAAGGGACCAGACAAAAAAUUGUUACGAUAUGGAAAAAGUCUUGGAAAGAAGAAAAUUUAUAGUGAAGGAGACAAUGUAUAUUAAAUAUUACCUAUUAAGAAAGUUGUGAAAUCAGAAGGUUAGAAAAGGCGUCUGCUGUAAUUAACGCAAGGGGUCAGUUUUAACUGGUGUGAAAUUUUCUAUAGAGGGUUUUAACUACACAUUUUAACUGGUAACCCCUGAAAGUAAUUAUGAUGUGAUUUUCACAACAGUAUUUUUAAGAUACAAACUUUAGAGACAUGAUGCUUUUGAUGAACUCAAAAGCUUUCAUCAUAGCAAAAAAAAAAUUGCACUGGUAUAUCUUGAAACCUUUGGUAAAUGGAAAUAUUCUUUGCACACUUGCGGUACACACUUCACAUUGACUCGGUCCCAACUCUUCUGCAAAAUGUAUAUACUGCUUGCAGUCUGCUCACCACAGUUAUCUCGACAAAGAUCAGUGAUGUCAAAAAGAAAUUAUACACAUUUAGUCAUGAAAAGACAGAACAGCGAACACUUCAACACUGGUUUCUUUCUGAGCUGGCUGUAUAUAAAAGAGAUUUUCUGAUACCACUUUUGCCAGGACGAGUGAUUUUCUUUGCCUCUUUUGAAACAGGAAAUAGCAGAUUAUGAAUUUAAAAAUUUGGUUUUUCCACUGCAAAAGAAUAGCUGAGUAAAGAAUACAGUGAUAGAUGUUGUCUGGGGGGGCAGUUCACUAACUUUUGCCAUUUUACUAUCUAUAACUGUUUAUUCUUUAAGCAUUUUUAUUAAUGAAAGGUCAGAGGACUUGGCAACACAGAAUUUUUGCCUCUGUGAAUACAAUUUUUGUAUAAAAACGGUAAUAGCUAUUUAAAAAAUUAUGUUAUCAAAAGAGUAACACAUUAUUUUCUUUAUUCUUGUCCAUUUUUUUUUCUCACCUUGGUUAUUGCCUUUUCUUAGCUCAAUAAAAGCCACAGUUAUUUUGACCAUUGCAAGAUACUUUCUCUGAGAAAGUCACGAAAGCGUAACACAGUCUUAAUAUUUAUUGGAAUCAUUGCUACCGAGUUUAGAAAAUGAAAUCGGGACAAUUUGAAAGAUGUUUUUGAUUGCAAAUGUCAAGAAAAAUGUCGACCGUACGAUUGCAACUAAACUACUAUAAUGUUUCAGUUGAUUGUACACCUGUAAGAUUUCUAGUAAAAGAUGAGGGAAAAAAAUUAGAAAAUCACAUUUCAAUUUAAAAUAUUGGAUUUUUUUAUUUUUAGUUUGCCGCAAUCAUGCAUUUUUCAGGUCUCUACAUAUGAGUCAAGUAUCGAUUGCUCAAGCCAUGGAUGAUAACGCGUGCAUGAACACAUAACCUUAAAUUAAGUGCAAAGGGAAAAAAAUCGUACAUUAUAGAAUUAUACUACUGGCUGUAGUUCAUGUAGUUAUUUUGACACAAAGAUAUAAAAUAAUUGUUAGGACUAUUUGGUUUUAAGAGCCCAAUUUUGUUUGAAACUAAUCCUCAUGCCAACCUCUUCCCCCAUGGAAGAAUUCACCGGAUAGUGUGGUGAAUACCGAAACAAAACCUCAUAGGAAGUUUGGAAUUUUAACGUUAUAAUUUCCCUACCAUGAUGUUUCAGUUGAUAUAAAUAUUGGAAAAAUUUAAUACAUAUAUGACUUGAAUAGAAAAAUACAUUUAUUGUGCAGUGGACUCUGUUGUAAUUUGCACAUUUUAUUUUGAAUACUGGUAACAGCUAAAGUUUUGUAAAGCAUUAUAGCCAAUAUUUAUUUAUUUAUUUUUAAUAAAAGGGGCGGGGGGGGGUGAAAACUAUAAAGUUAUACUGCCAAUAAUACGUACAGCAGGAUGUGUUCACAAAACAAGCAUUUAAUUACAAAGACUUUUUCCAUUCGUGUACCAGUAGUAAUUUUAAUAUUUCUGAAGUGUCCUUGGAGAAACAUUAAGCAGUGAUAAAGGUUUGUAAACAAUGUUAACUUUAGUGUUGGUUAACUGUCUAACUUAAUGACAGCUUAAUGGCUGGUUAUCUUUCAAGUCAUUGAUUAUAACUAGGGAAAGUAAAUACAGUAGUAUUGUUAAAAAUAUAUAUAACAAAGCUGGAUGUUUGUCAUAAACAAUAGUAAUUAGGCAACAACAAAUUAUGUUUUUGCCCCCUGUAAUUUUUAUAAAGCUCUUACAUACCUGCAAAAGGAUCUCGUAACCAGCCAUACAAAGGAGCAGAAAAAAUAGCCUUGAUUCUGUAUAUAAGGCUGUGUUUUAUUUUUGAUGUGUAACAUCUUAGCCCUUGGUAUAUGACAUUUGGUGGGAGUAAUUUCGUGAAUGACACGGAAGUAAUGGAAUGGAAAUGUGUGACAACAGUGCUGCCAUCUGCUGUGAGUGGCGCGUACCAAAGUUUACAAAGUCAAUGGGAAACUUUAUAGUAUUAACUGUUUAAUGAAUUUUAAUAAGAUGGCCAGUAGUUUAGUAAAAUUCUUUGUUGGAAAUCAGGUCCAAAGCUGGUUUUUAGUAUUUUUUCAAGUCGUUACUUUUAUCAGAGCACUUACUAAUUAGUUCAAUAUUUCCGUCUGCUAAUCAAAUGUUUUGAUAGUUAAUGCAGUGAACGUGCUGCUGUCUGUGUGUGAUGGUGUGGCAAGCCUUGUUUGUGAUCUUGACAGGGAAUUAUAGCGGCGCGUUUAUAAAGUACACGUGAUUUACGUCCAAAAAUUUACUUGAAAAUAUAGUUUGCGUAUAUUUAUCACACACUGCAUUGAACAGCAUGACACUCUCCCAUGUGGCUUUUCUUAUACGUUAUAAAUGCAUAGUUUAUGAUAUGAAUUCAUUCCUAGAAGUUAUUUGUUGAAGUGAGUAUUAAUAAAUAUGUUCUGUAAUUGAUAUUAUGUCAUUUUAAAAUCUGAGGUUCAUUCCUUUUGAUGCCAUAUUAAUUGAUCCUUUAAAAAUUGGUACAUAGGAAAUUAAUUAAUUAUAAACAGGGUGGCCACACACCGGGAAAUCCUGGAAAACCGGGAAAUUACAGGGAAUAUCAUUUUGCAAUGGAAAACCGGGAAAAAUACAGGGAAUUAGUGAUUUGGCCCUGGAAUUUUUUUUGCUGGUAGUAAUUAUUUCGUCAACUGUGAAUAUGUACAUUAUAGAAACAUUUAAGGGCAACGUGCAAAUCUCAGCGUUUUUAUUAGUGCUAAUUAAAUUUUAUAAAACACGCUAUUUAAUGUAUACUAUCUUAUUAAAAUGCAGAAUAUUCCACUCCGUACCGCGCAUCGGCUACAUGGAAUUUGGUACGGUACCAACAUUCCAUUAAUAUAGUAUUUGUACCAUAUUGCUGAUAAUAGCACCAUACAACGUGCGUAAGUAAGCAGACAAUAAAAUUAACGUACUGUAUUUCUGGCCAGUGUACCAUAUUAUGGUCUACUGAAUGUCGUAUUUUUCGUGUAUUUGCCGAAAUAGCGGAACAUUGCCGUGCCAUUUGUUUUUGUGGCAAGGGCAUGAAUAUUAGAGGUGUAAAAGUAACGAAAAAAUGUGUACCCGUAUGUAUUCGUUACUAUAACAAUUAGUACUCGUUACUUUCGAAUCGUUAUUCGUUACUUCUGAUACCGCAUGACAUGGCACAUGCUAUGUUAUGUAACAGCAUCGAAUCGAGUCGUAUUUCGUACGCGUACAGUAUGACGUCGCGUAAAUAAAAAUAAAUAGAAUAUAAACAAUUUAAAAUAUUUGAUAAUUAACAGCUUUUGUUAACCAGGAAACAAUUAACUCUCAUUAGAGCGGCUUCAUUAUAAUAUAUCUUUUAAGAUAAGAACAUAAAACGUGAAAAUACGCGAUUAUAAAAAACAAAAACAUACAGAUUUAUAAUUUGUAAAAAAAUACUUUCUUACGUUGUUUCUGUUCGAAUCUAAAACUUUAUCUACACACACAAUACCUUUAAUAAACAGUAAAAAACUUGGACGACGAAUUUCCAAAUUAUACUUUUAUUAAUAAACAAACAUCGUUCUUUGUAACGAAUAAGCGCGUGCAUGCGUGAAACAUACGAAAGAUGCGAGUAACGAAAUGCAUUCGUGUGUAACGUUUCGUUACUCGUUACUAGAUGCCGCACCCGUUACUCAGUAACGAAUACAUACGGUUUGCUACAGCAAAUAUCAUGACCGGAUUGUGCAUGGUUUAUUUGCUUAGUGGUUGUUGUUUGUUUUGCGUAAUAAACCAUUGAACAGCAAUUUUUCACAAAUUCCGAAGUGUAUUUUGUGGUGAAUUGAAACUAUAACCAUUUUGACGGUAAUUUGUAGUCCAUCGUAUGUGAAAAUACGGGUGCAUAACCUGGAUUAAAUGGCGGGAGCGCGGGCCGUGAAUGUAUUAUAGGCCUAGUUAUGUUGUGGUUGAUGCGUUUGUGUGAAAAUUUGAAUUUUUUGUGGAAACAUUGAUAAGGUAAGCUUUUGUUUUAUUUGGUUUGUCAAUUUUACAACUUGUCAGUUUAUUCAACAAUUACAAAGCGUUCCUAGUUAAAAAUUUUCAUAUAGGUAGUAAGUCAAGCUGAAAUCUCAAUAGCACAUAAUUAUAUCACCGUGCGUCUUGGUAGAUUAGGUUAAGAGUGCCGCACGAGUGUUUUUUUUUUCUUCACAAUAACACUGGGGAAAAAAUUGCGUCAAACUGUGUGGUCGCCGGUAUUCAGUUAUGUUUAAACAUUUUUAAUUUUCUUUAAAGGUUAGGCAAGUUAGACUUACAUUGAAUUAAGUAUAAUACUUUUAGGAUUUUUGAGAGUAAUAGGAAAUUAAUUAUAAUUUUUCUUUUUUUAGAGCCAAGAUGUCACACUCAAAAUAUACUAAAUCUGCAUUUAAAGAAACAUGGCUGCAGAAUGAAGAUUUUUCAGAAUGGUUGAGGCCAGUUGUGCACAAUCAGUAUGCAGCAAGGUGUAGUUUUUGCCAGAAUGUGUUCAGCUUGAGUAACAUGGGCAAGAGAGCAGUUACUAGCCACAUGACUAGUAAAAAACACAUUAAAUUUGUUAAUGCUAAGAAGAGAUCGCUGCUGAUGGGAGUGUUUCUUAAACCAAAAGACUUACCUGGGACAGAUUCUGAAAUGAUUAAUGUUAAUUCAGAAAAAGUAGUUGCUGGCACUUCUUCACAAGAUUCAAAACCUGAUAUUCAUUCUCAAGAAACUACAUCCAAAAACAUAAGCCAUUUUUUAUUGAAUGAUUCUGUUGUACAUGCAGAAAUUAUUUGGUGUCUCAAUAUGAUAUUAUCUCACAACUCAAUGCGAAAUGCUGCUAGCAGUGUUAAUCUUUUCCCUAUAAUGUUUCCAGACUCAAAUUGCUUGCAAAAUGCAGCUACAAAGAACAAAAUUGGCAUACUCAAUAGUGCAUGGUCUUGCCCCACAUUUUCAUAAAGAGUUGAUUCGGAAGUUGAAGGAAUGUAAAUACUGUGUUGUCGGUUUUGAUGAGAGUCUUAAUAAAGUUGCUCAAAAAGGUCAAAUGGACAUAACGGUUAGGUUUUGGAGUGAAAACAAUUUGCGCACCCAUUAUUUUGGAUCUGCUUUUUUAGAACAUUCUUCAGCAAGUGAUCUUGUCAAGGCUUUUGUGGAAGCACUUUCAGAAGUCGACAUGAAAAAAAUACUACAGAUAUCCAUGGAUGGACCUCAUGUAAAUUUUAAGUUCCUCCGGGAUUUGAAAGAAGAAAUAGUUACAAGUGAAAAUGAUCCAUCAUUCCUUGACAUAGGUAGUUGUGGCUUACACACAUUGCAUUGUGCCUUCAAAGCUGCCAUAAAAGCCACAGACUGGAAAAUUGUUGAGUUCCUUCGUGCUCUGUAUAAUUUAUUUAAGAAUGUUCCAGCAAGAAGAGCAGAUUAUGUUCAAUUUUCAGGGUCUUCAAAUUUUCCAAAAAAGUUUUGUGCCAUACGAUGGCUGGAAAAUUCUGGUGUUGCAGAACGUGCUGUUUUAAUGGUUCCUCAUUUGAAAGUGUUUGUGGAGAAGGCUACAGCAAUGAAACGUGUUCCAUCUUGCCAGAGUUUUUGUGUUGUUUCAAAAACUAUUGGGGACAAAUUUCUGAUUCCAAAGUUAGUUUUCUUUCAAGCUAUAGCUUUGGAAAUGGAGCCAUUUUUGCAGAAAUUCCAGUCUGAUGCUCCACUUGCUUCCCUCCUUUACGAGUCUUUAAGUAACUUGGAAAAGUUCAUGUUGAGGUUUGUGGUAAAGCAUGUUUUAGAGAAAUCUAAAUCCAUCAAAGAUGUUCCACUCAAUGUUAAAGAAAGUUUAGUUAAUCCAAAGUAUGUAGAUGUUGGGUAUGCUACAAGAAGUGUGCAGAAGGUAAAAGGUUCAACAGAGAAAGAAUUACUGCUUUUUAAGGAUGACUGCAUGAAAUGUUUUCAGGUUCUUUGUCAGAAGAUAAUGAUUAGGUCACCCUUGAAAUAUUCUUUGGCAAAGGGAAUUUCAUGUCUGGAUCCGUCUGUUGCUGUUAUUCCUAAAGUCUGUGAUGCUCGUCUUUCCACAACAUUAAAACUGCUUGUUGAAAGUAAAUGGUUGUCAGGAACAGUUGCUGAUAAUGUUGACAGGCAAUUCAAGAGUGUGUGUAAAUCAUCAGAAUUUUGUGAGAAAAUGAAAACUUUUUCAUCUGAAAGCACUUCUCUUGCUGAGUUGUGGCUAAGCCAUAUUCCAGAGAAUGGAGACUAUCAGGCAUUAGUCAACUUUUUGAAGAUGGUUUUCUGUUUGUCUCAUGGGAACUCUAGUGUUGAGAGAGGAUUCUCUAUUAACAAAGAAUGCUUAGUGGAAAACCUACAUGAAUCUUCAAUAGUGUCACAGAGACAAGUUUAUGAUGCAGUUUCAGCGCUAGGAGGCAUUCAAAAUAUGACCUUAACAAAAGAUCUGGUAAAGUCAUAUCGCUGUGCUCGUUUGCGAUACUCAGACGCCCUCAAAGAUGCAAAAGAAAAAAAAGAAGCUCUACAUCAUGCAGAAGUAGAGAAGAGAAGGUCAGUUUCCCUUGUUAGAGAGUUAGAAGAGAAGCGGAGAAAAUUGAUGGAAGAUGCCAUGAAACAGUCUGCUCUUAUUGAAGAGGAGAUAAAAGCAAUUUCAAAAUAAGAGUGCCUUUUAUUAGUCAUCAUUUAUUCAGUGUUCCAUCUCAUUCAAUUUUCUUAUUUAAUUUCAAUGUUUAAAAAAAAUAUGUUUUAUGCCUCAUGUUUUUAGUUUUGCUUUAAAAGUUUGUUUGUCAGGAUGUCUUUUUUUAAAGUAGGACACUUAUUUUAGAGUGUAUGUUUAUUCAAUUUCCCAUGAAAGUUUUGUGGACAUGUUUUUCAACAAGCAUUAUUUAACUUACUUAAGAUAGGCUGUAAACAAGUAACUCAUUCUUUUCCAUCCAUAAACUUUGUUUUUAAUUACUAGAAUAUUGUGGUUGCAGAUCUGAUAAUAGGUAAGAAAAUAUUUGAUAAAAAUUUAGUUUAUUAUUAUUUAGGAUAUUUAAUCAGUCAUAGUAAGUUUUAAUUACGUUAAUGAUUACACCAUUGCAUAAUAUGUAAUUUUUUUAAAUGAAAUUUAACUUGUAGCACAAUUAUCUCCUUCAGGGAAAAAACUUAGAAUUUUCUGGAAAACAGGGAAAUUGCAGGGAAUUUCAUUUUCAAAAAUAUGUGGCCACCCUGAUAAAACAAACCGUAACCAUCCUUAAUAUUAAUAAUAGCAAUUUUCAUUAAAAAUUAGCGGUGACUGUUUAAUCAGUCCGUUCAGUACGUGACUAAUAUUUCAAUAACAAUUCUGCUCGUUAUCAAGGCUAGAUGUUACACUUCACUGACGAGUACUGAAGGACUAUUUCACAUUAGAUUUUAUGGACAAAGUCAAUAAUAUAUAUAUAUUUUUUAGUGUUGCAAAUUUAAUACUUUUUAAUUAUUUACCAAAAACAAAUAACCGUGUUAUUUUUCUUAUUAAAUGUACAUAAUUGAUAAAGUUAAUUUUAGUAUAUAUAUUAACUCACAUUAUUGCAGAUUAAAACUUUUUUUUUGUACUUAACCGGAAAAAAAAGUUUUGGUAAAAUGGAGGAAAGUGUAGUAUUUGGGAAUGUAGAAAAAAGGGUGUUAUACAAUAAUUAUUAUUUAAUUUCUGAGGUAUGAAAGUAGUUAAAUUAAAUGUAGCAUGUAUAUAUGUAUUUUGUUAUAUUGUUAUGAUUACUAUUGGUGAGAAAUGCCAUGAUGGUGUUAAAUGAGACAGGGUUAUAAUCAAUUUACAAUUAAUAAGAGGAGACAUUGCAUUCCUAUCUUAUGAAUCCAAUUUUCUACGUUUUGAGUAGGUUAUGUUAAUAUGUGUGGCACUCGUACAUCUGUGUAAGUUAUAAACGAGUGGUGUUUGAACCCCUUUAAUUUGUGAGCUCGCAAAAUGACCGCACAAAAUUCACUGAAUGUAAAUUCAAUAACCCCCAAACCAGUUGGGUCAAACUGUCUCAGACGUGUAGCCACGUCGACUUAUUUGCACCGUAAAUAGUCUGUUGCUCACAUAAGAAACAACAGUAACUAAAUGAUAACCUAACUGGCAGGCAUCGUGUUUCACAAAGUAGUGUAGUGUACACUCUGACGUUGGAUAUUCUUGUUCCUAUUUACACUUCCUUCAAGAAUAUAUAGUCCAUCAUUCAAAACUCUGUAGCUCCAACCACCUUUAGUUGCGAAUAUUUUAGGCCGGCACAAAAGUGUGAAGGAGAUGUGAGGUUCUAAAAAACACACAGUUCUCUUGUUUCAUAGAUCGUUGGAACUAUAACAGGCAGUAAGGAAUUUUCUUUCUGCGUGGCAAUGCAAAAAAUUAAAGUUGCAAAGUUUUCAGUCACAUGAUGUGGUUGAUGUUGCAUUUGGCCCAUUGCGAAUAGUCCAUGACUGCAGAAAAAUGAGUGCUAAUAUUGGUAGUGCAGUAAAAACAUGGUCAAUGUUACUGGAUGGUUUGUAGUUUAUUUUAUUUUGUUUUGUGUGCAAUGUUAAGAGUGCAUAUAUUAUGUUGUAGUGUACUUUAUUUAACUGACCAUGUUUUGAGUGUGUUGGUAUGUGUUGUGUUUACGAGUGUGCGUGAAAUUUUUUCCUUGCAACUGCGAUCACACGGAGUGAUGGAUGGUGAUACAACUGUCAAAGGUUUGAAAACAACUUGCGGCUUGGAAUUUUUUCAUGUCUGUUUCUCAGAACUUACUUUGAAUUUUACCAGUAGAUGCUUGCACUUUAAAAAAAACUGUCAUAUUUUAGUUUGGAUUCUAGUUUGGUACAUUUCCUCUGAAAUUCAGACAGUAAUUAAACCAUUAUCUGAACGUUACAGUUGGGAAGAGACAGAUUAUGGACGUACCUGACGUUAGACCUUCUCGUAAAUAAAUUUUAAGCCAUGUCAACGUAUUUGUUUUAUUUUAUGCUACCAUUGACUUGCUGAUAGAUUAGGAUAUAUUGGUGUAUGUAGUUACACCUGCAUAUAGUGCUUUGUGUGUUCAUAAAUGAUUAAUGAUUUUUUAAUACAAGUUGUCAUACAGCAAAAAGUAAAAUCGUUUUAAAUGCUUCUUUUGAAACAUGGUGAUUAUGAAGUAAAAUAAUUUAUCCAGUUAAGUAUAGAGAUUUCACAUUCAACCAUGUAAUAUAUUUCACAUUUAAAAAUGAACUUUCUGAAAUUUUUUAACUCAUAUGUUUAUCUGAGAUAUGUAUUUGUUUCAGGAUUGUCAAUAAAAACUAGCAGUUUAGUUUUAAGUACGUACAGUUUGUAGUUAAACAAAAAAUUAGCUUUAUGAUGAAUGAGUUAAACAUUUAUAUAACUCUCACUCUAGUAUUUGUAACUGCUUCAUUUUACUUAUAAUAUGAAAUUCAACUGCAGUUGAUUUGUUUAAUUUUCAUGGAUGAAUAUGUGAUCAUUUACAAUUGCGAUAGAGUAUAUGAUACUUAUUUAAAUUAUGAACUUUUGCAAUGUUCUGAAUAUUGUACAUAAGAACUAAAAGUGGUGUGAUUCUUGUGUGUUGGUAGUUUCAGCAUGUCCUAGGUUUAUACAAGUGGCAAUAAUCAGCCAAACAUGUACAAAUAGAUAUUAUUUAUAAAAAGAGUGAAUUUAAAUUUAUGUAACGGAGACAAAAAUAUGUGUUUUAUAAAUAUUCAGUAGUUGAUGUAAAAGUCCCAUUACUGUUUGUAAUUACAAAAAUAAGGUUUUAAAAUGUUUUAAAUAAAUUUAAAAAACCA